AUGUCUGAUACCAAACACUGGAAUGAAACAUCUACUUCAGAUGUUGGAGUGAUCCGAUGUCCCUUCUCUGGUUGUAAUACACGUAUCAUUACCAGGGAUGACACGCUUAAUGAAUCGAUCCAAAUCGUCAAGAACUCUCCAUCGAUGCUUCAGUCAACAUCAAUACAAGAAGAGAAAGACAAUGACAAUCACACUUGUUUCUUUAAGAUUAACGAUGUUUGGGAUUUUGACAACAUCGGGGUCUCUAGGCCUGCUGCUGACUUGAACCAUCCCAAGUUUGGUGGUGAAGAUGAUGCGUCUUCUGAGUUCAAAAUUGAACGUUUAUUGAUCUGUAGUGAAUGUGACCGAGGUCCUUUGGGGUUUGCUGGCUUCUUUAACGGUGAAAAUGAUGUCCAGAAGUUAUCCUACUACUUAUCGUGUUCCAGUGUAGUGUAUUCCACAUAA